ACUGCGUCGAUAUCAGCCGGUGGUCAGUUUGUUCUCCGACAGAAAUGUCCCUUAAAAUAUUAUCCAGGCUCACAGAGCUAAUGCCUGUGAUGGUGAAGUUCAAUCAGACGGCCAGACUGAGUUCUAGCGGCAGGCUGGCGGUGGAACACGACCGACAGAACCGGCGCUUCACCGUUUCUACCGGCAGUAGGACCGGAGUCAGCGAGAGUGCGAUACUCAGCUACAGAUUCACGGCGGCCGACGAGGUGGAUCUCGUAUCCACCUUUGUACCCGAGGAUUAUAGGGGUCAAGGUGUGGCCGCACUCCUGUCAAAGGCCGCCAUUGACUUUGUGCUGGAGGAGAAGCUGAAGGCUCGUGUGUCUUGCUGGUACAUCAGGAAGUACAUGGAGGAACACCCUCACCACGAUUAUAAAUCUCUUCAAAUCACAUGAUGUGCUUAAGUGCGUCUUCAAAUCAGAUGAAGCUGUGGUAAAGUGGGGUCGAGCUGAGACAUAUAACAAUAAAAUUCAAGUUUUAAUUGAAUAGAUUAAUAUAUGAGUAAAUGCAUAUGCAUAUAAUUGUUUGUUGUACCAGAGUAGUUUCUUGAGUACCUUUUUACAAUGUUUCCCUUGUGUGUAUAAAUUUCCACAAAAUCCCAGAAGUCUUGUUAAUUAUUAUUAUUUUUUUAAUGCAUUUGGUGUGCAUCAUUAUUAUACAGCAUUAUUUAUUUUUAUUUAUUUUAUUUAUCUAUUUUUCACAUUAUUCCUUGUUGCUGAGCUGAUUAAGGUAGUUUUGCUAGGUUUGAACUUUCAUCCAAUCAGAUUCUAGCUCUGGGUUGCCAGAUCAAAUGAAAUCUGCCCUUGCGUUACCCAGGCCAGGAUCUACCUUUACGUCAGUUCUUUGUGUCCACUUAUUGGAGGACCAUUAUGUAGCUAGCAAUGUUAUUCACGAAAUAUAGUAUGAAUAAAAAGCUGAUUUGUAUUAUUAUUAUUAUUAUUAUUAUUUUUUUUUUUUUUUAACAAGAUUCAAUUUUGUUAGAACAAAGACACUACAACAACUGAAGAAUGGCCUUUUUAGUAUUUGGUGAGUAGAGUUGGCGCUACCUCUGACGGAGCUAGCCAGUUGACACUGCUAAAUGCUAAUGCUAAUGCAAGUCCACUGUACUACGUAUACAUUUCAGUUUUUUGUUUUUGCAAACAAAAUGUACUUCUAUGUAAAUUAUUAUUAAAAACACCUUUACCUAAAUCCGGUAUAUGCGCAACCUACUUUGGUAUUUGGUAAAAAACAAAUUCUAAGCACUUCUUCCCGGUUCGGGUGAAUGGCGACUGUGACAAAGCAACUGUGGGAACUUUAAAUGUCUCUUUUUCUAACACAAAAUGUCACCACAGAGCCACCUAAAAUUCAAAUAUAAAAUGUUAAAGCUUUGUUCGUGUUUACAUGUAUCAUUUGGAAAAAUAUAUGAGAUGUAUUUCACUUUUGCCCAAAGACACAAGUCAUAAAGAA